AUCGUUGUUGCUGGCAAAGGAAGAACACGAUUCAACACGUUCUAGUAAUCAAGUUGAUGUUGAAGCGCACCUGAAAGCAAGAAACAGAAUAGAUGACGAAAAGUUGUUCAGUACUCAGGGGCGCCUCAGGAUCAAAAUACGCAAACUUUAUUGACCUGCUCCUCAACUCCUUCGUCUGAACCAACAACACUGAGCAGUCAUGGCAGAAUUCGCUUGGCCGUGGGAGUUCAGCUUUCCACCAUUCUUUACCGUUCAGCCGAAUCUAACAACGAGGAAGAAGCAACUGGACGCAUGGACAUCGCUCGUUUGCGAUUACUGCCAACAUCAUAAGCUUGUCAUGCUCAAUAUUCAAGAUGCUCACUCGUCUGAGUUGUUCAACAAUAAAGCUAUCAGCCGGAAACUAAGCGCCGAUGGCGUGUUAACAGUGGCCGAGUACAUGGUCGAAACGGGAAAAGCACUAUGGAUGGACGCACAGCAGACACUUGUUGUUCUAUGGCGAAGCAAAGAAGAAUGGGCGAAACUCAUCUACGAUUUUGCCGUCAACGCCGGCAUGACAAAUACAGUGUGCACUCUUUUCGAGCUUGUGCAAGGCGAAGACACAAUGCAAGAGGAGUUCUACGGUAUCAAUAUCGAAGUGUUGAAGAUUUUUCUCAAAAUAUUGGAAGAUCAAGGCCUUGCGGAGAUCAUUGGCGAUGAUGAGGGUGUUAAAUUUUUCUAAGUGUUCCAAUGAACGCUGUGUAUGCCUUGUUGUCAUUAUUUCAGGUUAUGAUUUCGUGUAAAUAAUAACUAGAAUACGUUGUAAGAUGCAAGUGAAAAAGGGUAAGGGGCGACAGACAAGGUGCGAAGGGACAACGUAAAGUAGCGACAACGACGACUAACAACGGAUAAGACAACCUAAAAUCGUUGAAUUACUUAGCUAAGGAAUAUUUACGGUACUUGUCGGAGAUUACGAAUGUACUAUGAGCUAUUCUAAUAGCCGGAGAACAACCUCUUCAUAAUUACUAAUAGUAUAAAUCCGGUAAGUAAGAUGAGAAGAUAUGUUACACGAGAUAUGUCGCAAAUCAGCAAAGCGGGAUCAUCCAUUUCUAGACAGAAGACAGAAAUCAACCGCGUAUUGUAUCAUAGACUCCCUAAUCUUUGCAGGCAUAAAUAAAUGCCUGUGAAUUGUGUUUUGCAAUAUCGACAAACUAGAAACAGCUCACUUUUAUUAUAAGCUGAAACAGUACAAAGCUCAUCAGCACUUACCUAUGCUAGUAUGGGUCCUACAUGUCAGUGUCGCUUCCUACACCCUGCGAUGUGUAGAAUAGAAAUAUGCGGUUUAAAACUCAGGCUCGAUGUGGUGUUCUGUAAUGUUAUGUUAUAGUGCGCAAGGUAUAGCUUCGGUCUGCGAACUAUUAUUGCAGGGGGCCACACAAGA